GAUAUGCACAUGCCAGCUAGAAUUCAAGAAGCAAUGCAAAUGCAGGUUGAAGCUGAACGAAAGAAGCGAGCUGCAAUCUUAGAGUCUGAAGGAACCAGGGAAGCUGCCAUAAACAAAGCAGAAGGAGAAAAAAGGGCGGCAGUGCUUGCUUCCGAGGCUAAAGAAACAGAGCAGAUUAACGUUGCUAGAGGUCAUGCCGAAGCAUUGUUGAUCAAGGCAGAAGCUCGAGCCAAAGCCAUCGAGAGGGUCGCCACAGCUUUGAUUCAAAAGGGAGGAGACAGUGCUGCCAGCCUUAGCGUAGCAGAACAAUAUGUCACAGCAUUCGAGAAGCUUGCCAAGGAUACGAAUACGGUACUGCUACCGUCAAAUCUGACUGAACCCAGCUCAAUGGUAGCACAAGCGCUAGCAUUGUAUCAGAAUAUUGGGAAGAAACCGGUUAGCCAGGGAUAG